AUGGAUUCGAGAAGAGGUUCCACUUCGGACGAAGAGGAGAGAUUGAAAGGACUAAUUAAUGCUAAUCUUACGAAACUAGAGAAGAUACAAGAAGAUGGAGUUCCGAUCAUAACAGCGACUAAUGAAUGGAUUAACGAUAGGGAAAUUCAACCAAGUAACUCCGAGAAGUUACGAGAAUUUUGUAAGAGAGGGAUUGAACAAGCAAAGUGUGAAGAAGACAUAUGUAAGACCAUAAUAAAGGAUAUCGACAAAUUAACGGCACGAUAUUCCGCCAUCAAAGACCAUCAAACUCCGCAAACAACAAUGGUAGACGAUGGUAACAGUAAAAGGAAAAGGCAACGUGAAGAAUCAGUUGGAAGUUCUAAAAUCAAGAAACACAAAAAUGGCAGCAAUCUAAUUAAAACCGGAAGUUUAGUUGCAGCCAAACAGCCCAAGAAUAAAGAUAGCGAAGAAAAUUGGAUUUUGGCAACCGUUGUCAGUUAUAAACCGGAGUCAAGGCAGUAUGAAGUUGAAGAUGCUGAUAGGGAUGAAUCAUCGAAUCGCCCUGGAGAACGAUUCGUCGUUCCAGCUAAAAAUGUAAUGGCGAUUCCAAAACCUGCUGAUAUUCGUUCAUCACAGGAAUUUACCCCAAAUACGAUAGUGCUUGCAUUAUAUCCUGGUACAACGUGUUUCUACAAAGCGGCUGUUGUACUGUCACCGAAUAGAUUAUCACAAUCACCACAACGAACUUAUUUAUUAACGUUUGAAGAUGAUGAUAAUGCACAAAGACAUGUGAAUAUACAAUACGUCCUUGAAAAACCUCCAGAUAUGAAAUAA